AUGCUCAGCCCAAACCGCCUGGAAGCGUCUCCUGGGAUUGCCGUGGCCCCCGGGCGUGCGGAGUGCGGAGCCUUCCCUCGGACGGCGGGCGCGGCCCCGCGGCUCUGCCUGCCCCUGCUGCUGCUGCUGCUCGCCCUCACGCCCCGCGCGGACUCCUCGUGGUGGUACAUCGGGGCGCUGGGAGCCAGGGUGAUCUGCGACAACAUCCCUGGGCUGGUGAACAAGCAGCGGCAGCUGUGCCAGAGGUACCCUGACAUCAUGCAGUCGGUCGGGGAGGGAGCCAAGGAGUGGAUCCGGGAAUGCCAGCACCAGUUCCGGCACCACCGCUGGAACUGCAGCACCCUGGACCGGGACCACACCGUCUUCGGCCGGGUCAUGCUGAGAAGCAGCAGGGAGGCCGCCUUCGUCUACGCCAUCUCCUCGGCGGGGGUGGUCUAUGCCAUCACGCGGGCGUGCAGCCAGGGCGACCUGAAGGCUUGCAGCUGCGACCCGCUGAAGAGAGGCCGCUCCAAGGACGAGCGCGGGGAGUUCGACUGGGGCGGCUGCAGCGACAACAUCCACUACGGGAUCCGCUUCGCCAAGGCCUUCGUGGACGCCAAGGAGAAGAAGGUGAAGGACGCCCGGGCGCUGAUGAACCUGCACAACAACCGCUGCGGGCGGAUGGCAGUGAAGCGUUUCCUGAAGCUGGAAUGCAAAUGCCACGGGGUGAGUGGCUCCUGCACACUAAGGACUUGUUGGCUGGCAAUGUCAGACUUCCGGAAAACAGGAGAUUACCUGAGGAAGAAAUACAACGGAGCCAUCCAGGUGACCAUGAACCAGGACGGCACCGGCUUCACGGUGGCCAACAAAAACUUCAGGAAGCCCACAAAAACAGAUCUGGUGUAUUUUGAGAACUCACCUGAUUACUGCGUGAUGGACAAGUCAGCAGGCUCCCUGGGCACGGCGGGGCGCGUCUGCAGCAAGCUGUCGCGGGGGACGGACGGCUGCGAGGUGAUGUGCUGCGGGCGGGGGUACGACACCACCCGCGUCACCCGCGUCACUAAGUGCGAGUGCAAGUUCCACUGGUGCUGCGCUGUGCGCUGCAAGGAGUGCGAGGACACUGUGGACGUGCACACCUGUAAAGCGCCCAAACGGGCCGAGUGGUUGGACCAGACCUGA